CGCCUCUCCUAAGACAAGCGAGAGCUCACACCACGCGCCGAACAGAGAUACGAUGUCAGGUGGUGCAGUCUUCGUCUUUUUUGGGCUCUGUGUACUUUUUGUUGGCUGCUGUGGAAAACCGGCGAUUCUGGGAGAGUCUGUAGAGUUAAAAGCUGAUGUGAAGUGUGACGCGCAGGAAUUCAGUCUAAUCUACCGGCUGAGGAAUGACAGUCCACGGACUGUGGCCCAGCUGGUAAACGGUGUCUGGAUGCCGGGAGAGAGGUACAGAGAGCUUGUGGAGCACAGAUCCACGCUCAGCUUGUUGCUAACCCGUGUGAACUACAACGAUCAAGGCUACUACGAGUUCACCUGCGCCGGGCAGGUUGUCACCACCAUCCAGCUGGAGGUCCUCAUCAUCUCCAACAACAACCUCUCUGUGCCUGAAGGAGACACGCUCACGCUGCCGUGUUAUUUCCACACUGAGGGGGACUCCGUGGACUCUGUUGUGUGGGAAAGAGACGGGGAACUGGUGCUGAACCACAGCCUCUCCUCCGGGGAGCUCAUAUAUGGCACUGGGUUUGUGGGCAGAGCGUCUGUGAGGUCUGACUGGUUUGCACUGGGAGACCUGUCACUGACGGUGGAGCGGGUCCAGCUGGAGGACCGAGGUGACUUUUUCUGCCGUGUUAAUAAAGGCACAAAAAGGAGCGGGAAGUGGAGAGAGAGGGGCAGCCCUGCCGCUGUGAGAGUGACGAUCAAUGAGAGGAUCACCAUCAUCAGCAGCACCUCUGCUCCUCCCACGCGUGAAGCAGACACACACACAACAGCUUGUGACACUCCCAUCAUCAUCACAGCCGUCAUAACCCUGCUGCUCUCUGCUGCUGCUGCUGCUGUGUGGUUGGUUUGGAGGAGGAAGUUCCGAAGAUCAGGAUCCACACCUGGAGGCGCUGAUGGAGGACCUGCCAGAGACGUGGAGACGACACCUUUCACUGAGAGGAGCCCUGAUAGAGGAUAA